UCACAGAUUAAGAACCAGUAUAAUUGCAAGUGUGCUGCCGGUUGGACAGGCAAGCUCUGCGAUGUGGAGAUGGUUUCUUGUGAAGUGGCUGCGAUGCGCAAACAAGUCGGUCUCAAACAACUCUGCAACAACGGCACCUGCAAGGAGAUGGGCAACAUGCAUUUGUGUCAAUGCAAGCAGGGCUAUACCGGCAGCUAUUGUCAGACGGACAUCAAUGAGUGUGAGUCACAGCCUUGUCAGAAUGGCGGCACUUGUUUGGAUCGCGUGGGCGAAUAUAAGUGUAUGUGCCCGAAGGGGUUCCAGGGGCAGAACUGCGAACUGAACAUAGACGAUUGCUCGCCGAACCCGUGCCAGAAUGGCGGCACAUGUCACGAUUUGGUGCAAUCCUUCAGCUGCUCAUGUCCACCUGGCACAUUGGGCAUAAUUUGCGAAAUCAACCAGGAGGAUUGCGUACCAGGCGCUUGUCACAACAACGGUACUUGCAUCGAUCGUGUGGGUGGCUUCGAGUGCGCCUGUCCAGCAGGUUUUGUGGGUUCACGUUGUGAGGGAGACAUCAAUGAGUGCCUGUCUAAUCCCUGCUCGAAUGCCGGCACUUUGGACUGCGUGCAACUGGUAAACAAUUACCAUUGCAACUGCAAGCCCGGCUACAUGGGACGACACUGUGAAAUUAAGGUAGACUUCUGCGCUAAUUCGCCGUGUCAAAAUGGCGGUCUUUGCUCUACAAAACAGUCUGGUCAUCACUGCGUUUGUCCGGUUGGUUUCUACGGCAAAAAUUGUGAGUUCUCCGGUAACGAUUGUGACUCGAAUCCUUGCCAGUCGGGUAACUGCGUGGUGGAUAUGAUGCGCGGCUACCGCUGCGAGUGUCCACCUGGCACCGAAGGCAUGCAAUGUGAAAUCGAUACGAUGGACGAAUGCGCUUCGAAUCCAUGCUUGCAUGGCGCUGCAUGCGAAAAUCUACUGGGUGACUAUGUCUGCUUCUGCCCCAGUAAAAGGCCGGGCAAACGGUGUGAGAUUUACGAUGCCAACUAUCCCGGCUGGGCAUCGGACAACAGCCGUGGGCCGCUCAAUAAAUACACGAAGGAUCUGGAAUACCAACGCGAAAUGUGUAUCAAGCGCGGCUGCGAACAGAAGAAGGGCAAU